CUGGCCGGGGGACCGAUAUAGUCUUUAAGGGUGCGAAGGGGUGUGGGCACGACGGCCGGCUGGGCAGUCGGGAGGUAUCUAUCAAGGCAGAUGCGUGGAUCGGACGCGCGAGAGAGCGGCUAUCGAGUGCCAGUCACACACGCCCUCUGGCCGGAUCCCAAGCCCAAGCCACUGGGCAAGGGGGGGUGUGGUGUGAGCCCAGCGUGGUGGUGCGAGCCUGGUUGCCUGGGUACGGCCAGGACCAGCGGCGAAGGACCCGUCAUGCGCGCAAUGCCCACAAUGCCCGCGGCGGCCACCAACAAGAAGGCGCUCUUGGGCGCUGGCUUUGGCGCCCUCGGUUGCCACUCGGCUGCGAUGCAGGUCUGGCGGCCAGAGGAACAUCGGUCCCGGCGCGGGAAUCUAGGAUUGCAUUGCGCGAGACCGCAAAGAGUGGGGACCGUCGUGCGUCGUAGUGCGUCGGCCAGCGUCCAAAGACAGUGCACAAGGCCCGACAGGGAAGGUGGUCGAUAUUGA